AACUCUAUUUUUUUUUUAAUUUCCAAAUUUAAUAUUCCGUAACAUUUUUGCUUUGCCCUAUUUAUAAAUAGAGGAGGUUAAAUCUUAAAAUGGAGCCUUCAAAACCUUAUCCUUUGUUCUUCACUGUAAAACCCUCCGUCAGGGUUUUUCAUUCUAUCCAAACAAAAGUCUGUACAUUCAAAUGGAGCGUCCGAAGUUCGGGAAUUCAACGGCGGCGGCAGAGAGCAACGCCGGCGGCGGCCAAGGGAAUGAUAAGAAGAAGAGGAUUAAAAAAAUGCCGGGGCCGAAGGAGAUGAUAUCUCACUACGAGUCCCAGGGUAUGGGCACCGAAGAGGCUUCCCUAAAGGUGAUUGAGGAUCUCCAGAAGGUUCUGUUCAGGAUGGCCGUAACUUCCAGAGAAAAUGGAGGCGCCACCGGUUCCGCUGCCGGCACUACUUCGAGAAAGCUGGAGUCGAUAAACUCGAGGUUGAUCAGCCUGGACAUGAAAAUGGACUCCAAGCCUAGCUAUCCUCAAACCCUAGCUAUUGGGGUCGCUUCUGGCGCACUUGUUCAGCUCUUCCCCCAUGUCGCCGGUGCUGCUGUUAACGUUUGGAAUGCCGUUCGCUCUGCUACUAAAUCUAAUCCUUGAGUUUCAGUUUUUGGUUUAAAUUGUGAUGAUGAGCAAUUAUUUGUCUCUAUAUUAGUUUUGAUUUGUUCUGAGUAUGCAUUCACUUCUAAUCUUUCUUUCUUCGGUAGUUUGGAGUGAAAAUUCCCCUAGUGAGCUGAAGUUCUUUGAUCAUAAAAGGAAAAGAUAAUUAAAAUUUAUUCUAGAUCC